AUACACCUAAUUCUGUUUUUACACGAAUUAUUUUUACACGAAUUUGAAAUAACACGAGUAAAUACGAAAAAAUAUUUCUAUUUUUACACGACACAAUUUGAAAUAACACGAAUACAAAAAAAACAAAAUUACUUUUUUUACAUGAAUUAUUGGAUUUAACACGUUUUUUUUUUCAAUUAUUGUAUUCACAGUUUAUGGUAAAUUUCAUAUGUGGCAACUUUGCCCGAUAUUUGACAUUUAAACUGUGAACGCACAAUUCGUGUUUUUGUUUCCUGGUAAAGUGGCAACUUUGAUCAGCUGACUAAUGCGGGAUUCCCCGAAUUAUUGAAAAAGUAAAAACGUACAUAAUGUAUUGUACACACAAUUUAGUUCCUAUUUGACAAUUAUAAUUGAAAGAUCGUUAGUUUUUGCUGAUUUUUAACAAGUGCUAAGUAAAAUAAAGUAGAAGCUCAUAUAAUUUUGGUAGACCAAUAACAGCCAUACCCAUGUUACAUAAUUCUCCUGCAUUAAAAAUGAGGAAAGCGAUCAGCUUAGAUACCAAAAUCAAAAUUUUAGAUCAACUUGCAACGGGACAAGGCGCAACGGUUGUGGGAAAUAAUUUCGGAAUCCAUGAAGCUACUGUAAGAACAAUUAAAAAAAAUGAAACGGCAAUUAGAGCAUCAGUAUGUUCUGGAACAAAAUUAAGUGCAAAGUCAUCAUCGUAUGUAAGGGAUGUUGUUAAAGAGAAAAUGGAAAAAGCUUUGGUAAUCUGGAUAGAAGACAAAUCCCAAAGAGAAUACCAGUAGACGGACUUGCUAUCAAGCAGACAGCGUUAAGAAUCUAUAAAAUAUCCAGAAUCUAUAACGUAUCCAGGAAAUUGAUCCAGAUACAUCAUCUCAGUCAAAACAACAUGCAUUUUCCGCAAGUACUGGUUGGAUGACUGGUUUUUUAAAAAGACACGCUCUCCACAAUAUAAAAAUUAAGGGAGAAACUGCAUCCGCUGAUGAAUUGGCUGCUAAAGAAUUUCCCGAAAAACUAAAAAAAAUUAUUGAAGAAUGAGAAUAUACUCCAGACCAAGUUUGGAAUUUAGAUGAAAGCGGCCUUUUUUGGAAGAGAAUGCCUAGAAGAACUUAUGUAGCAAAAUCGCAGAAAACAGCCGGUGGUUUUAAAGUAGCAAAGGACCGUAUUACGUUGUUGUUUUGUUCCAAUGCUUCAGGAGAACGUAUUCUUAAGCCACUCCUAGUACAUCGUGCCUUAAGACCACGUUCCAUGAAAAGUGUAGAUUUCAAUAAAUUGCCUGUACACUGGAUGGCGAACAAAAAGGCUUGGGUAACCAGUGCAAUUUUCACAGAGUGGUUUCAGAAGCACUUCAUCCCAGAAGUUAGGCGCUACAUGAAAGAAAAAUGUCUCGAAUUUAAAGUUCUUUUGAUUCUAGACAAUGCACCAGGCCAUCCAGUUUUGGAGCACCCAAACGUACAAUUUUGUUUUUUGCCGCCUAAUACCACUUCCCUUAUACAGCCACUAGACCAGGGGAUAAUUGCUACGUUUAAAACGUAUUACAUAAGAAGUUCAUUUCAUUAUGUUGUAGAAAAACUUGAUAAUUAUGAGGAAUCAUCAGUCAUAGAUGAAUGGAAAAAAUUUUCUAUAAUGGACUGCAUUAAUCAAGUCAAGAUCGCGUUAGAUUUAUUAAAGCCAUCAACUUUGAACUCGUGUUGGAAAAAUAUUUGGCCAGACUGCGUAAAAUGCAAAGAUCCUGUUAUCGAUAAUAACGCUGAACUUGCUGAUAUAAUAACAAUGGCCAAUGCAAUCGGUGGGGAUGGUUUCGAUGACCUAUCGUUAGCAGAUGUAGAAGAAUUGUUGGUAGAUGAAAGCUUGAGCGAAAAUGAAAUUAUCGAAUUCACCCUUGAGACUCGCUAUGAUAAAGAACAUAGUGACAGUGACGAAAGAGAUCGUCCAAUUUUGAAAGCAUCUCUAAUUAAAGAAGGUCUUGAUCUCGCUACAAAAUUAGGUAGUCAUUUUGAACAACAUGAUCAUGACGAGGAACGAGCUGCCAAAUUUCAACGUGAACUGAAAUCAUUAAUGGCAUCUUACAGGGAAGUUUAUAAUGGGUUAACGCGAAAUAAAACUCAAUCUAAGAUAACUGAUUUCGUUCAAAAAUCUACUGAUGUCCCAACACAGUCGGCUAGAAAUGGUAAUUAACUCAGUGUUGUAACCUGAUGCGGACUAUGAUUCCUUUCUUCUGUGUUGUUGUUGUUGAUCGAGAUGCUACUUUGAUGACUUUCCUGUGUUUGUCCACUUGAAAGGGAAUGUAUCACUGGUGUUUGCACUACCAAUAUCGUGUGAUAAUUAUUCACUCUAGAUAUUUUCACUUGUUGCGGAUGAUCUCCUUUUUCCUUUUUAUUCACUUGUUGUGUUGCUCCGUGUUCACUUGUAUUGCUUGUAUCAAUUGUGUCUCGCUUGUGUAUUCACUUCUAAUAAGACUUAAGGCAAAAAGCGCGCGAAAGUUAUUUCUUUUUGUUUCUCCUUCUGUUCUUGUGUGUGAAGUUGGGGCGGUUGAUAUUCCUCUGCCUUACGCCUCUUUUACUUUAUGUAAUUUGUGGGAGUAAUGCAGAGGAGUAUUUGUUUGGAUUAAACAUCCCGGCCACCUUGCAGAAUCUGCGAAAUAAUUGAGUAUUAAUAGGGUAACAUAUUGAUUGAAAGAUUUGAGAUUGAUUGAAGUAAUUAUCAGCAGUAUACUUAGGGUUAGAUGGUGCCAGUAAGGGUCCAGCCAAAUGCUGUAUUCUGCUCUACCACUGUACCAUUGUCUGGUUUGAAGAGUCCACUUCGGAUAAUUUGUGGGUAGAUAUCCUCUCCGAUCCCCAACGUUAACUCUUUGUUGCUAUGAAAUUAAGGGUCAGCGAGAACUAAGUGUUCAAAGCGCAUUUGCAUAUCGUCACUUAGAUCUCGCUCAUAGGGUUUUC